AUGGAUCAGAAUAGUCCCCUGGUUGUUGGUGGGGACGUAGAGGUACCUCCUAUGAUACCAUGGGAAAGCAUUUCGCCUUCUAUACAAGCGGCAGUAACCCCAUCAGCAAAUCCUACAUCAGUACAAACACCAUAUAUUCCAGCAGCAACUUCGAGCACAUCGCCAUCAGAGUCAUCAGCGGCGAGUAUUGAUAGCCUAGGACUGUCGAGCAAGAACCGAGGAGCCAUAAUUGGAGGAGUUAUAGGCGGGGUGGCGGGACUUGGAAUCACUCUUGUGCUGGUUCUGUUUCUACUUGGAACUCGGAAGAAGGCAAAGAAACAGAGAGCAGCAGAAAACAAGAACCGAGCAACUAUUGAGGAGCGGAGUUAUACAGGACUGAAUGAAGCAUUUGCAGGUGUUCCAUUCCGGAGGAGUGGUCAGAGCCAGGACGUCAAGCUUUUACGAAGUUUGCAAUCACCGAGUCCCGUAUACUCUCCAACGACUCCUGGAAACUUGGGUGCACACGAGAGAUCGAUGAGUCGCAGUCCGAGUCCGUAUUUGAUCACGCCAGAAGCCAGUCUUCGUAUGGUUCCAAGUGACCCAGCCCUACUACACAGUUUCAUCGACGGAACACCUCCACGCUCACUCAAUCGUUCUCUCAGUGCUCGAGAAUCAGAUAGAUCCUUCCGGUACUCUCGAGACCUGCCAGGAACGCCAGCCCGCUCACUAAGUGAUCGGGUUACUAGCCGAUUCUCCAUCAAAGUCGACAGCUCUCGCUUUUCCACCGUUGACGAAGUAUCUCUUUCUUCUCCCAAACGAGCUGGUGAUUCCAUAAGAACCACUUCCGCACACGACACAAGCAAGCCUUCCACCCCAAACCUACCAGUAUCUCCAAACUCCUCUACCCCGUUGACACCACAAUUUCCAUUCCACUACGGCACCACGCGCGAUACACUCGACACAAUGGGCUUUCCAGUAGGCUCAGACAGCGACUCCGAGCCACCACGAAGCCCCUACACCGAUCUCCCCCUCGUCUCACCGAUCCCCCGCAGUCCACUGCACAAACAAAAAGGCGUCCUCGAACGCGUAGCCCGCGGCGACGUAACAACCACCCAACCCUCACCCCUCUCCAACAUCGCCCUCCUGGCACUCGCCCGCCAAUCCAGCGACAGCAGUCACUCUCUCUACACCCCUCCUUCACCCGAACCCUCCUCCCCGCAACAACAUAAACGCACCCCCACGACCGCCUCCCAGCGUAUCGUCAACGAGAUGCAAUUCUCCCGCGAAUCCCCCGUCCUUGGCAUGCGUGGUCCACCUGUGAAAAUCAGUCCGUCGACGCAAAACUUCCCGCCGCAGGUUCAGGGUAAUAAGAAACUAGGCGCGGGGUUGGGCAGGAAGGCGAGUACGAAGAGUGCGUUGAGUGUUAGUAGUGCGUAUUCGGAAGACAUACCAAGUAAUAAGGUGGAUCGUCAUACGGUGUGGCCUAAGAUCUAG